AUGAGGGACGUUCACGGCGUACCUGAUACAUGUACAAAAAUGUUCGAUAUGUCAAUUCAAGAAGUGAACGGAAAAGGACCUAAAAAGAGGAAAAAGUCGUUAGAGCGUAUCUGUGAUAAUGAGGGCCCGGAGCGGUCGGAUUUGAACGCGAGCGAGGAGCCGGCGGCGGCGCAGCGGCAGGCCGCGCCGGGCGUGCAGCUGCUGCACUGGCGCGACAUGCCGCACCACCUGCAGUUCAACCCGUACGUGCUCACCGGCUACCGCCCGCUGCAGACCUGGGGAGGGUGCCUAAAGAGCCUCUUCUACUUCCACAACGAGACCAUAAACAUACUCACUCAUGGUGUAUCCCUCGUAUACAUGAUGGCAGUCCUGCCUGGCCUGCUGCCGUGGGGCAGCGGCGGCCGCUCGUGGUUCCUGUGCCUGUGCCACCUCCUCGGGGCCCUGGCGCCCUGGUGCGGCUCCUUCCUCUACCACCUGUUCAUGAACCAUGACCGCGGGGAGGUGCUGUACCAUAGGCUGCUGCAGCUCGACAUGCUGGGUAUUUGGGUCAGCCAGAGUAUAGGAGCGAUUCCGAUGGUGACGGCGACCGUGUACUGUGCGCCGGCGCUGCUGCGGUACACUGCGCUCGCUGUCUACUGCCUCGGCAGCCUACUUGGCCUAUAUAAGGCGAUGCGCGCGUGGUCUCCGUGGGAGCGACGCCUCUGCUUCGCCGCGCCGUUCUGCAUGCGCGUGCUGCUGGCCGGCGCGCGCGCAGCCCGGCUUGGCGGCGGCGACCCGCACGCCAUACUGCAUGUCUUCCUACAGGAUGCGGUGUCUCUGGGUGGCGGCGUGAUCGGGGCCAUGCACAUCCCGGAGAAGUGGUUCCCAGGCUCCGUGGACCGCUGUCUCAACUCCCACAACAUCAUGCACGUGUUGGUGGUGCUCGCCGUCUACUCCAUGCACCAGGUGACGACUCGCGACCUGGCGUGGAUGGCGCGCGUGGACUGCCGCGCUCCGCUCCGCCAGCUCUGACGCCUGCGCCUGCACACGCCCCCCUCUCAACUUCGCUCCGUUCCACUCAUCCUAUGCUAAGCUUAAGUAGCAUAAACGCAGCCCAAG